AUGCAAAGAAUUCUACGUAUCGUAGGUCUCAUCCUAUUACUACCGAAAGGGGCCCGCUCUGCUCAGGGGAGGUUUGCCCAGAAGCUGCUCAAUGACCUGAUGGAGAAUUACUCGAGCGCCCUGCGGCCGGUGGAGGACACAGACAGGGCCCUGAACGUCACCCUGCAGAUCACCCUCUCCCAGAUCAAAGACAUGGACGAGCGGAAUCAGGUGCUGAUCGCGUACCUGUGGAUAAGGCAGACGUGGCACGACACCUACCUGAAGUGGGAUAAGGAGGCCUACGAUGGCCUGGAGGUCAUCCGUAUUCCCAGCAGUCUGGUGUGGAGGCCCGACAUCGUCCUAUAUAACAAGGCUGAUGAUGAUUUCUCUGGACCGGUGGACACCAACGUGGUCCUUCGCUACAAUGGAGAGAUCACGUGGGACUCACCGGCCAUCACCAAGAGCUCCUGUGUGGUAGAUGUGUCCUACUUCCCCUUUGACAGCCAGCAAUGCAACCUGACCUUUGGCUCCUGGACCUACAAUGGCAACCAGGUAGACAUUACCAUGGGCAUGGACAGCGGGGACCUGUCUGACUUUGUGGAAAACGUAGAGUGGGAGUGCCUCGGCAUGCCGGCGGUCAAGAACGUCAUCAUGUACGGCUGCUGCUCGGACCCUUACCCAGACAUCACUUACACCGUCCUCCUCAAGCGACGCUCCUCCUUCUACAUCUUCAACCUUCUCCUCCCCUGUGUUAUGAUCUCCUUCCUGGCACCACUGGGUUUCUACCUGCCUGCCGAUUCUGGGGAGAAGGUCUCGCUGGGGGUCACCGUGCUGCUCGCCCUCACUGUCUUCCAGCUCAUGGUGGCUGAGAGCAUGCCCCCUUCCGAGAGCGUGCCCCUUAUUGGGAAGUAUUACAUCGCGACAAUGACUAUGAUCACGGCUUCCACAGCCUUGACCAUUUUUAUCAUGAACAUCCAUUUCUGUGGAGCCGAAGCAAGGCCUGUUCCUCACUGGGCCAAAGUGGUCGUCAUUGACUACAUGUCCAAGAUCUUCUUCGUGUACGAGGUGGGCGAGAACUGCACCACACCUCAGGCUAAGCGAGAGGAGCCGCACGCCAACGGCAAGCUGCAAAGACACAAAGAUGAGAAAAACCACUCCAACCUCAACGGCAGCUUGAAGGAGGAGCUCUGCUGCCCUUUGAAGGGUGGCACCCAUGUAUAUACGUGCGGUCACAAUGACGAACUCAUGAGGAACGUUGAAUACAUCGCCAACUGCUUCCGGGAGCAGAGGGCCACCUGCGCCAAGGGGGCCGAGUGGAAAAAGGUGGCGAAAGUCAUGGACCGAUUCUUCAUGUGGAUCUUCUUUAUCAUGGUCUUCCUCAUGAGCAUCCUGAUUAUAGGCAAAGCCCCAUAA